AUGGAUAGCAUUACUGGCACAAGUUUAGGAGGAAGCGAUGAUCUUUGUGUUAGAAUUGAUAAUGAAGAUUGCCCAUUUGUGAUCUCAAGUAUCAUGGUUUUCAAAGAUAAUUUAGAUAUCGAACUUAUUAGAGACCAAUUUCGUCAAUUAGUUAUUAAAUUUCCUCGAUUUAGAUCUGUUAUCUAUGGGGGAACAUUUUGGUCAAGAUAUAAAUGGCGAGAAAUAAAUGAUUUCGAUGUAUGCGACUUUAUUGAAACUCGACAACUUGGCAUUGGCAAUCUUGAAGAAUUAAAAGAAUGUGCUGCAAAAUGUAUUUCGGAAACAAUGGAUCUUGAUCAAUCAUUAUGGAGAGCUUAUGCGAUAUAUGGUUUGGAAGGUGGAAAAUGUUCAGCAUUGGUUAUUAAAGUUCAUCAUUGCAUUGGAGAUGGUCAAGGCUGUAUGCACGCACUAUUGAGCUUAACGUCUGAUGGACAUGAUCAAUUAUUAGAAAGGAUUAAAUUUUUUAAAGAUAAAAAUUCUUUCUUAUCUUCUGAAUCUAAAAUUCAAACGUCAUUUUUUACAUAUUUAAUGGGAUUUCUUUAUAAUUUUUUGUUAUUUAUGGUUAUGAUUGGUUAUGCUUUAUUUGAGCCUAUUGGACUUAUUUUUAUGUCGAUAUGUUCAAGACAAAAUUUAAAAUAUGUUGGAAAUGUAAAAUAUACGAGAAAGACAUUAAAUUGGACGGAAGAAAUUAAAACAAGCGAUAUUAGUAUCAUACGUAAAACUUUUGGUGUAUCAUUUAAUGACGUCCUGGUAACAAUUAUUACACGCGCUAUACGUAUUUAUUUCACCGAGAUAAAUGAUCUUUUGGAUGAAGAGUUAAUGAUAUUCAUCCCUAUUUCUUCAAGAGUUUCAACAAAUUUGGACUGCAAUAAUUCAGCUAUAGUUUCAUUGAAAGAACAAACUAUUGAAGAAUCAAUAAAACAUGUUCAAAAAAGAAUGAAUGAAUUAAAAAAACAAAAUUUUGCUUCUUAUUUGAUAUAUCUUUUCUAUGAAUAUUGGCCAAUUCCUGGAAUUUAUUUUAAAAAAAUGCUUUAUUCCAUACAAUCUAAUGGACAUGGAGUUAUCACAAAUGUUCCUGGACCAAUGCGUCCGUUGACUUUUGCUGGACAAAAAGUAACAAAAUUCGUGGUAACUCCACCUCAAAAUUUUCCUGGUGGUCUAGGUAUAGGUGUCGUAAGUUAUGCUGGUAAAGUAACUUGCAGUAUAUAUGAGGAUAUUAUGCCUCAGUACCCUAAUAUCUCUAAGCGUAUUGCCGAGUUGAUUUCUGAAGAAUUUGAAAUAUACUUAAAAGCAGCAAAAAAAUUAGAUUAA